AAGCCGAGAGAGAGUCGGUGCUGCAAUAUUGGGCGGUGCAAUAGUCUUGUCAAGUGGCGACGGUGGCGACCAGAGCUGUUGCAUGUUUGGAGACUCUCCUCGGUGCACGCAGACGAACAAUGCAGACUAUCCGACGGGUGUCCGGAGAGGGUUGGUGGAGGAAGGACGCGGGAAGAGGUGCGUCAGAGGAAGAAUGGCAGGCGCCUGGCAUUGGACUUCCCAUCGAGGCAUGACAGCCGUUCCAAAUGGCCUGCACGCCAUGCUUUCUGCUCAAAGGGCUGCUCUCAAGAGAGCGAAUCCCUCGCCUGCUCUUCUUCGCAUCCUCCGAGCUUCCUGUCUCUUCCCUCCAUCUUCCCUCUUCCUCCCCAGGCUAACCGAGACAGGUUACCUUCUACCACCGCUCUCACAAAGUCGCUACUAGUCGCUAGUGCUAUACUCGCCCUACCCGAUGCCUUUCUGGCGCAAACACCUCCCGUUCCCGUCGCAGGACUCUCAGCCUACAUCUGCUGCCGGUCCCUCCUCUCAGACUGUCCCGCCCCCUCCGCUUCCCGUUCAUACCGUCCCUGCGCCUGGCACUCACCUUCCCCCGCCACCCCAGACUCGUCCACGCACAAUCAAGCUCUCCCCUGGCCGAUUGCUGUCCUUACCCUAUCGCUUGUUGCAUCCUCCUCCUGCUAAAUCGCAACUUCCAACAUGGAGCAUCACGCCCCAGUUCGAUAUCAAGCUCGAGGAUAUCCUCGAUCGCAAGCAUCUGCCCCCGCUGGGACUCAAGGACUUUGAAGAGUGGAUGUUGUUCGUGGAGCAUAAUGCUGAAUACCUGUAUUUUAUCCUCUGGUUGCGAGAAUACACUUCCCGAUAUGCAGCCUGGAAGCAACACGUCAAGCACCAGCAGCAGCACCAGCAGCAACAACAUGCACAACGCCAACCGCAACUUAACGCCUCUUCCGCUCCUACUUCCCAUCCCACCAAGAAAACACGUUUUACAUUCUCCAAUUCGUCGCACAAGAGUAGACACGAAGGAGAGCGAGAUAGAGACCCGCCGACGUUCUCACGUCACAACCUCUACUCGUCGUCCCCGCGACUCAGCAUCUCCUCCUCUCCCUCUAUUUCUACUUCUUCAAGCAUCCACACGCACUCUUCCCGCCCUUCAUCGUCCCACUCGUCUCACUCCGGUUCCCCGACUCCCCUCCGAAAAUCGUCCACUCACCCUUCUCACCUUUCCCACUCCUCACGUUCAAGGAGCAAGCACCAGCACGUUCAUAUACAUGGCACCAGUAUCACGGUCCCGCCUUCGCCGCCUGUUUCAUUGGCUACGUUCUACAUGAGGGCGAAAGAGACUUUCCUGACAAAGGGAAGUGCAUAUGAGCUACACGUUCACGAGGACGUGCUUGUAGUAUUCCAUUUGAGUAGUUGUCCAAGUGGGAGCAGUGAGAACUUUGGCAUGUCUUUCCCUUCGCAUUACCCAGCGUACCCUACCUACCCUUCUCAUUCCGCCUACUCACACUCUGCCUACCUGUCUCAGCACCACUCCAACUCGAACAAUAGAGACCAGACUCUACCUUUACCCCCAGACCCAGAAAUCUUUGCAGAACUGAAGGGGAUCGUGGAGGAUCGGUUGAAGGCGUGUUUGGGGAGGUUUGUGGUGGCGACGUAUAAUAAUGUGGGGACGCCUAGGGCUUGGUGUGGGAGUGCUGGCGGGAUCGUCAUCGGGACCGGGUCGAGCGUGCCGAUCCUGGCCUCGAAUUUCGCGUUGCACGCACCCCGGUGGUGGCGCAUCUUUGCAUUGCCGGGGAUGUGGUUGGGCAUGACGAUCUUUUUGAGCGCAAUGUACGGCGUUUGCAUGAUGAUUUACGUGUUUGGCGAUCUGAGGCAGUUGAGGAGUUUCGAGUUGAGCAGGCCGUCUGGUGCGAAUCGGCAGUCUCGGUCUGGGGAGAAAGAGGCCGUGGUGGUGCAGCCUAUCACGAGGCCGCCGAAGGUGCGGUUGGUUGAUAGUAGGGAUAGGACGGAGCGGACUGUGGAGAAGGAGAAGAUAAAGGAGGAGUUGAAGUCGAGGUGGUCGAGUGAUACUACGGGUGUUCAGUCUCCGGCUCCUCUCGUUAUCCGGGGACAAACGCGUGUGGAUGGGCAGCAAUCGUUUGUCUCGCGGUCGCGGUCUUCUCAUUCCUAUUCCGAGGACUCGGACACAGAGUCAGAAGGAUCGAAUUCGGACUCGGAGUCAGAAGCUUCUUCUUCUUCUGAGCAGCACUCUGAUUCAAAUUCAGAUACGGAUUCAGACUCGGAUUCGGAUCCAUCCACCUCGUCUUCGCUUUCUGCCAAACCGACACAUACAGCCCGCCGACCUCGGAUCCUCAUCUCAGACGCUUUCUAUGAUGAACAUCCCUCGCCGGAGGGUUUCGCUACGUCUACUGGUGGUUCUCUUGCCGCGCCGUUUGUGUCGGAGAUUCCUGGAGGGAUCGCGGUGAGGAGGGGGAGUCUACCCGGGCAGGGUGGGGGAUCGCAGCUGAGAGGGGGUGAGGAUGUGGGUGGUGCGACUGCGACUGCGAGUUUUAUUAGAGGGUAUAUUUAUGAUGAGGGUGAGGUUGAGAGGUUGAGGGGGUAUCGGUUUGGGUCCCACGCAACAUCCUCACACGCACACUCCUACGAGGGGGACGAUGAAGACGAUCGGUCUUCUUCUCAUGGAGUCGGUGGUGAUGAUGAGGAGGACAUCGAGGCUCAGAGACAGGCCAGGGUGGCAGAACGACAGCCUGUGGAUGAGUUUGAUUUUGAUGGUCUGCCGCCUAGGAUGGGCCCGUUCUCUUCUCCUUCGUCUAUCGGUUCGAAUAGUCGAUCGUAUUACUCCCACUCCCAAUACCCGCAAUACCCGCAAUACCCGCAAUACUCGCAAUACUCGCAAUAUCCCGAGCAUGCGUACCAAUACCAAUACCAGGCGGAGAAGAAUACUACUGCUACUGCUGGUGGGCGUGGAUUGCCGGGAGAAGAGGAUGGGAAGAGACAUAGUUUGGUCGUGGUCGUUGUGUGGAUGUUGGUUAGUUGGAUUCAGGUCAAGUGUUCGCCUGGGAAUGCGGCGGCGCAUCAUCUUUCGCAUUCGCAUUCAUCGCCAUCGACGUUUCCGAAGGCUGUAUUCGAGGAGAAGUUGCCGCAGAGUCCUUCUGAGAAACAACAACAUCUCAUGCCCUUUCCCAACACUACCAACACCAACACCAAACUCACGCCAUAUGGGAAUAACACUCAAUCUGCUCAACCUGUCAAUGCCAAAGUUACGAAGCCAAAGGUAGAGACGAUGUCAUGGCGAGAAUCAUUCCGUCGGGUGUCUGCUGUGCCUGCGUUCGCUUCGCCCUUGACGCCGGUGUUGAACCCGAUUGUGGGGAGGGCGCAGUGGGAGAUCGUGGUGAGGAGUGCGGUGAUUAGUGCGGUUGUGUGUGGGAGUGUGGUUGGUGCUUUGAUGGGUGUUCCGGUGUCGGGUUGAAUCGUUGGACUUUGGGCGUUGAGAGCUGGAAUCUGGAGUCUGGGGUGUUGUUUGGGCCUCGCGCGUUUGUGAAUUCUUUCUGGAAUGGGCCUGAGUCGUCAUGAGAACCAAGGCCACGUUUUCUGUGAUACUUGGACAUCUUGUGCAAGGACCCUUCGUCGCUCGUUUUUGUCGCGCUUUGUUUUCUUUUUUCUUUCUUUGUUUUCGCUCUCGAAUUACGCUCUUUCUCGCUCGGUCAUUUUCCCCUCCCGCUCCCGCUCCCGCCAUCCCCCCAACCUGUUCUCUGUUUUGUCUUUUCGUCUGCGUUCUUGAUGUAUUUGUAUCUCGCAAUUUUCUCUCUCCUCCCCUCUUCCCUCUCUCCCCUCUCUUCAACUUCCGCUGUGCAAUAUGUCAUUCCGUCCUCUACCAUCUCCUCUCUCUUGGCUUCGACUUUCACCUUUCACUUGUCUCCACCUUUCCCCCCAUUGAACGCUUUCCAGCAAGUUACCAUUUACAAGUUAAAGUUCCUGUUACCGUGCCCACUUCCCACUUUCCUUUCCAUUCUUGUCCGAUUGCAUUUUCUUCUUUCAAACUUUGUGUAUUAUUAAAUAUAUUCCGUAGCCCUUUUUACUUG